GAAUACAGACGUUUAAAUGUGUUUUCAGAAUAGUGAAACGUGCCAAAAGGGUUCAGUAGUUUCCAUAACAACCAUUAUUUCUCAGAUUUAAAAUAAUAGUAAAAUUUGUUAAGAAUCAAUCAUGAAAUUCAUCCGAUUCGCCGCCCUCCUGUCUCUCCUGAGCUACGGAGGAGCUAUGUCACCUGCUGGAGCUAAUCUCAGUAGCAGACAUGCUCAAUUUUUCGACCAACUGUGUUCAAUUACACUUGACAACGGCCUGGUUGUUAACAAGUUCCGCAGCCGAAGAACAGGGCUUCAUGUCAUCCUUGCCCGAGUUGAAGGCCCGAUUGUCAGUGGAUACUUCACGCUUGCCACUGAAGCCCUUGAUGACGAUGGUCUCCCACACACGCUUGAGCAUCUAGUGUUCCUAGGGUCAGAAAAAUAUCCAUAUAAAGGAGUCUUGGAUCUCUUGGCAAAUAGAUGUCUUGCUUCAGGCACAAAUGCCUGGACUGAUACUGACCACACUGCUUUCACCAUUGAAACUGCUGGCAGUGAAGGCUUUCUUAACCACUUGCCAAUCUACCUUGAUCAUCUUCUUUACCCAACUCUUACUGAUGCCUCUUUUAAAACUGAAGUGUAUCAUGUCACUGGAGAUGGCGAAGAUGCUGGAGUUGUUUACUCCGAGAUGCAGAGCAGAGAAAAUAGUGGAGCUGACAGAAGCUUUCUUGCCCUGCAAAGGGCAUUUUACCCUGAGCCUGAAUGUGGUUACAAAUAUGAAACUGGUGGCCUCAUGUUCAACCUUAGAAAUUCAACAACAAAUGAGAAGAUUCGAGCUUACCACCGUGAGUUCUAUCGACCCGAAAACCUCCAUCUCAUAAUCACAGGCCAGGUGGAAGCCUCUAAGCUUUUUGAAGUACUCAUCAAAUUUGAAGAAUCUAUUUUAGCAAAGGGUCCCCGUCCUCCAUUUACACGUCCCUGGCAACGACCUGUGGCUCCAUUGAUGGCGUCCGUACGCAAGGAAGUCGUCUACCCCAGCAACACUGAAGACAAUGGCAGAGUUCUUGUUGCCUGGAGAGGGCCCUCGGCUAGCAAAGAUUACCGGCAGCUCCUCUCACUGUCUGUGCUCAUGGAAUUCCUGACACACUCUUCCAUCAGUGCUCUGCCAGCUGCUUUUGUGGAGAUCCAUGACCCACUUGCCAGUGAAGUUUCUCACUACGUCUCUGAGAAUCAAGCAUCAAACUGUUACCUGAAAUUCACCGGCGUACCUUUGGAGCACAUGGAAAUGGUGGAGCCACUGAUGCGAACCACGCUAGAAAACCUGUACUCUGGCACCGACGGCGACGGUAUCGACUUGGCGCAAAUGCGAGAGUUUCUGUCACAUCUCAUCCUCACGCAGCUGAGCGAACUCGAGACGUCGCCUCGUGACACCCUCGCCUACGCCAUCAUCGGCGACGCUCUCUAUGGAAACACUUGCCAAGAUCUGGAGCACCGCGUGGACAAAGUAUCGUGGUACCGCGUGCUGCUGACUCAGCCUCUGAGCUUCUGGCGGGACCUUCUGCGUCAGUUCCUGCUGGACCAGCCCUCGGUUGUGGUGCUGGCCAGACCUUCUGCUGCCGAGGCUGAACGCCUGCAUCUCGAGGAAGAAGAGCUCAGGCAGGAACGAGUCAUGCAACUUGGCAGGGAGGGACUUGAACGCAAGCAACGAGAGAUCGAUAUUGCUGAGAGUAUCAAUGAGGUUUCUCACUACGUCUCUGAGAAUCAAGCAUCAAACUGUUACCUGAAAUUCACCGGCGUACCUUUGGAGCACAUGGAAAUGGUGGAGCCACUGAUGCGAACCACGCUAGAAAACCUGUACUCUGGCACCGACGGCGACGGUAUCGACUUGGCGCAAAUGCGAGAGUUUCUGUCACAUCUCAUCCUCACGCAGCUGAGCGAACUCGAGACGUCGCCUCGUGACACCCUCGCCUACGCCAUCAUCGGCGACGCUCUCUAUGGAAACACUUGCCAAGAUCUGGAGCACCGCGUGGACAAAGUAUCGUGGUACCGCGUGCUGCUGACUCAGCCUCUGAGCUUCUGGCGGGACCUUCUGCGUCAGUUCCUGCUGGACCAGCCCUCGGUUGUGGUGCUGGCCAGACCUUCUGCUGCCGAGGCUGAACGCCUGCAUCUCGAGGAAGAAGAGCUCAGGCAGGAACGAGUCAUGCAACUUGGCAGGGAGGGACUUGAACGCAAGCAACGAGAGAUAGAUAUUGCUGAGAGUAUCAACGAGAUUCCACCACCAUCGUCCAUGCUGUCUUCAUUACCCAUCCCUUCACCGGCGUCUGUGGUGUUCCACAGCGUCGAGGCUUACAACAACCAUCCCUCCUCUGACGCGUCGCGCGCCACACUGACGCCCGACCCUCCCUUCUUCCCUCUCUCCAAGCUGCCCCUCAGAAUGCAGCUUGAUCAUUUGAACACAAAAUUCGUCACACUUACCGCCGUAUUGGACUCAUCAAUGCUGUCUACUUCAGACCGUCUCUACUUGCCUUUGCUGCUUGAGCUUUUUUUCGAGUCUUCAUUGCUCAAAAAUGGCACAACCCUGAUGCCUUACGAGACGGUGAUACGCAGGUUGUCUGCUGAAAUGGUGGAGUUCUCUGCGGAGAUGGGCCUCAGUCUCGCAGGCACCAACAGGCUAGCCUCACAACUGCUCACUGCUUAUGAGGAGACGCUCAUCCUGCUCAGAAGCUACAUCAACGGCAGCAGAGACUGGGACCCGCUGCUGCUGGAGAGCGCCAAGAGCUCACUGAUGUUCGAUGUGAUCUACAGAGAAGACACCGUGGCCGACGUGGUCCAGCAAAGCCUGCUCUCCUACUACAGACAAGUCUCUCUCUCAUACAAUAGGGAACUGCUGUCCAUGAUCGCUGGGGUGUCCCUGGCAGAAGUGCAGUGGGUGGCCAAGCAUUACCUGACGCCGCUGCUGCAUCCCUCGUCCUCCCGCACGGUGGUCGUCUGUCAUCCCUCUGAGGUCAACGAGACCAUCGCAGCACUCACCAGUAUGGGUCACGAAGUGGAGGAGGUCGUGUCACUCGCCGAAAGCCGCUUCUCUUGAUGAACGUCGUCCCUGCACUGCAUAAAUUCUUAGCGUCGACUAGUACCCAGUAAUUGACCUGACUGCACUACCUAAUUAAAACUUAUUUAAAGUUGCUACAAUACUGAUGUAACUUUGUAGAGUAAGAAUGAAGCUUAAAUCUAACCAAACGUGAUUCAUCAGCGGUCGUAAAUCAGAAAAAAAGUGCAGUUAUCCCUUCAAAGACAAUUUUGUGCCGUGCUAUCUAACCAACUUGUUAUACUUAACACUUUGUCCUCGUGUCAAAUUUUCUUGUUCAAUAACUUCCGAUUCAACAAGCUUACGUUUCAUUUGAAAUGACUUGAAGCCAUAAAAAGUGGCUUCAAGUCAAAUGUUCCAUAGAUAAAAACUUCGUCUUUCUUAUCUCUUGUAGAUUUUCUAAAAACUUGCAUAAUUCUCCAGACGUCCCCACAAGGCCAUCGUGACGCCAAACUCCAGAACCGAGUAGAAUAUCAAGUAUAGGUUUGUGUAUAAUCAUCGAUUUAAAGGCAUUAUGGAUUUGCGCUGCACCAGAAAAUUCAAGCCUGUGCGUGUGAACACAAUCAACAAUUCGUCGCUACAUUUUCAUGAAGUAAAAUGGUAUCCUUACAUAGUUUGAUAAAAUUUCAAUUAUAAAUGCAUUGUAUGCAGUUUGAAUCCACGUAUUUUCACGAUUUAUUUCCUUAUUUUUUGGGGGCCUAUUAAUUCACUGAAUUGAUGAUCCUUGUCCAACUGAUGUCCGUCAUAUUUUGCUGCUUUGUAAUUUUUUCGAUGGCCAGAUUUUAAACUUUUGUCCACGGACACCUCAGCCGUCCACAAUGCCCUGCGUACCUUAAGUCCUGGUAUCGAGAAAUGCCUUCAGUGGAAGGGAGUAGACUUAAAAUCCUAAUCCUGAUCGAAUGCUGUGAUGAAUGUUCUUCCAAUCUGUAGUAGGUAUUGCUCAAUAUUGCUCAAUCAUGCCCGGUAACAGUGUAUUUCAGACAUCAAUAUUGGUUUGUAAGCCAUCCGCACUUUAACGGAAGAUUGAAUCUCGACCACAAUAUUUCUGAAACUUUGUGAAGAGCGGUGAUCCACAGAAACUUUCAUAGAAAGAAGAAAUCCGCUGUAACUUUAUUUUCAUUGUACGGAUUGUUGACCGUCUCAAUAAUAAUGCAAUACAAGAUUACUCUAUUUUGUUUAUUGGUUGUGCAAAUGUAGGCAUCUUGAAUUGUAUAGUUUAUACAACACAGUUUAUGCUAUAUCUACCCUUUGUUUACAUCGCUAUCUAGUAAUACUAUUAAAAAUAAUUUUAUUGUGCACUGCACUAUACAAAUUUGUCGCAAUUAUCUUUUAUAGGAAUUUAUAUGUAAGGAAUUCUUCGAAGUCAGCCGUGCAAUACUGCAUUUACACAUUUUUCUAUAGCAUUCUAGUAUCUUUGCCCACGAGCCUCCUCUAAAACUGUGAAGAUAUCGCUAAACAUUCUAUAUUCCUUAGUACGGUAUACCUACGCUGGACCAGCGAUCAUUAUAUAAAUUUUCCGAAAUGUUGUCUGUUAUAUUUUGUCAACUUGUUUAUAGUUUUAUUUCAAUGUGUUUUAGGACGUCUUUGGGGGAAAUAAAUAAUAACUUCUUCACAAAUUAUGUUAGAUUAUUCAAGAUAAUAGUGUAUUUCAAUUGCAUCAAUCUGCAUGCCGUUAGGGUUUAGGACCGAAGUGUUAAUGGGUGAACGACCUUGGGUAGCGAGUGUGGCCUGUUUGAAGUCAUCUACAAACUGCAGCACGAGGUUCUGUGAAAUAUUACAUCUAAUUCCAAGAUUCUAUUAAUUUCAAGCACACUUUUCUGAUCCCUGAAUAAUAUGCGGAACUGUGGAAUUCCAAUUCUUGACUUUCUGUUGAACGUGCUUUGAACUGAUGCGAGCAAUAGGCGCUAUUACUAUUAAUCAGAUUUAUCUAUGGAAAAUUAACUAGCUUUUCUUCAUUAAAUUUCAUGCCAACUUGCAAGUCUAGGUUGUGUGUUGUCUGUGGAAGGCACUACACUUUUCACUUGACUUCCCUAAUCAACGAUCACUUCAAGUAGUGUCGAACUUUCCCUCGAAGUGUUUAGAAAUUUCCGCCUUGUCCUAUUUGUGCUUCUCAACAAUGGGAUUUUAACCAAACCUGAAGUUAGUACAAAAGAUUUUCAUUUUAAUCCGAUAUUUUUUACUAUUUCCGAUGUCCAUCUAAUUGAUUUUACCUCGAUUUAUUUUGAUUUUUUAAAUUUUUACUUCGAUUUCUGGCAGCGAUGUUGAAACUUCACGGCAAUAUAUUGUUCAAUAAAAUUAAAAGAUGUCAGAUGUCAUCUGAUGAGGUAUUACUUGCGAUUUAUACAUUUAUUGUUAAUAUUAUUAUUGAGUCAUAAAUAUUUAUGUACUUUGAACUUAGUCUUUUUUAAAAGAGAGUUUUGAUUUAUGUCUGUCGUUAAAUAUUGUUGAGAAGAGUGAUUUUUUAUACAAGUUUGCUAAG